AUGAGGACAGGUUUGGUCUCCGCCCUUCUGGGCGCGAUCUUUGCUGAAAGCGUGCUGGCUGGUCAACCCGGACCUCUUGGGAAAUGGAUGGGAGGCGGUGACUGCCCAUGGGGGAGCAGAACAGCUUCAGGGUCGCAUCCCCAGAAUGACAUGCCAGAUACUGGCGUUACACGGUACUAUGACUUCACUGUCUCCCGGGGAACAUAUGCCCCUGACGGAGUGCAACAAGCCAUGAUUGUCGUCAAUGGCCAGUACCCAGGUCCCUUGAUCGAGGCAAACUGGGGCGACUGGAUCGAAAUCAACGUUAUCAACCAGAUCUGGGGUCCUGAAGAGCCAACCUCGAUACACUGGCACGGUCUGAAUCAGCCUGGAACUCCAUACUACGACGGAGUCGUCACUGUUUCUCAGUGCCCAAUCGUCCCCGGUGGGAAUGUGACCUACAGAUUCCGUGCGGAUGAGUAUGGUACCUCCUGGUGGCACGCCCAUUACUCUGCCCAGUACUCUUCUGGAGUUGUCGGGCCGAUUGUGAUCCACGGCCCCAACGAUGCUGGCUACGAUGUCGACCUCUACCCGAUCCUCGUGUCGGACUGGUUCCACGACAGCUACGAGGAUAUUGUCGAGUUGGUCAUGUCCCCCAGCUCCUCCGGCCAGCCAUUCCGGCCGUUCUCGGACUCCAACCUCGUUGCGGGUGUUGGCCAAUAUCCUUGCUCAAAUGUCACCAACGGCGCUCCCUGCUCCGUCGUCCCUUACCCAUCAUGGGAAUUCCAGCCCGGCAAGACCUAUCGUAUGCGGUUCGUCAACACCGGCGCUGCAGCAUUCGAGACCAUUUCGAUCGAUGGACACAUGUUGACAGUCAUCGCCAAUGACUUUGUGCCGAUUCAGCCUUAUCAGACGCAAUUCGUCACUAUCGGUGUCGGUCAGCGGGUCGAUGUCCUUGUCACCGCCAACCAGGCCCCGGGUAGUUACUGGCUCCGCACCUUCAACAGCCCCUGCGGCGACACGAACGGACCUUUCGGACAGGGCAUCAUCUACUAUACAGGAUACGACGCCAGCACGGCUCCGACAAGUACUGGUGCUCAGCCCCCAAUCAACUCGAACUGCCAGAACGACCCUUUGGCGACCACAGUUCCUCAGUAUGUCAUGCCCGUGGCGGACCCAGACACCACCAUCACCAUCACCAUUGCCGGUGCUCCUGAUGCCUCGGGAGUUUUCCACUGGACCAUGAACGGGGUGAGCUACGACGGAGACCUGUCGAGCAGCUUGCUCGCCGAGGCGAUUGCCGGCCAGACGAGUUUCGCACCGCAGUACAACGUGUACAAUACGGGCACCAACGGGACCGUGCGCAUCAUCAUUAUCAACACCACCCCCGCGCCUCACCCCAUGCACAUGCACGGCCACGACUUCCAGGUGUUGGCCGAGGGCUUCGGCACGUGGGACGGGACCGUCACGAACCCGUCGAACCCGCAGCGUCGCGACGUGCACAUGCUCUGGGCGGGGGCGACACCCGAUAACCCGUCGUACAUUGUGAUCCAGUACACGCAGGACAACCCGGGCAUGUGGCCGGUGCACUGCCACAUCGCGUGGCACUUGUCGGCGGGCAUGGUGAUCAUGCUGCUGGAGCACCCGGAGCAGCUCACUUCCAUGCAAGUGCCGGACGGUGUGGCGCAGACCUGCUCGGCCUACACGACCUGGUACGCCAACAACCCGGGCGUCGUGGUCGAUGACUCGCUGCGCAAGCGCACCAUGGGCGAGAAGAUGGUCGAGUACAUGAAGGGCGGCGUCGAGAACGUCCGCCACCUCGACAAGCACCGCAAGCGCGGCGUCCGUGGCUACCGCGGUUACGGCCACAACGCCACCGUCGAAGAGUUCCCCAACCACGCCAAGUUCAAGGGCAACGCCACGGAUGGCCAAGGUCACGGUGGUCAUGGUCACGGCGGCCACGGUACCGGGAGCAAGACCACCACCAGCAGCCACUCCGGUAAGGCGACGUACACCCAGUCAUGGUCCACCAGGCCACAGACGGGUACCGUGGGCAAGAACAUUGCCCAUGAGUCGAAGAGCACCAGCCGGCCCGGGCGGAAGAGGGAUGAGGUGUAA